AUGACUGGAUUCCAGGGACUCCGGAAUAAGCUCAAUCCGGCUAAAGGCGCCGCGCCCGUCGUUAAGUCAUUUGCCGUGGGGCCGGCCCCAGGCCUGGUUAUGAAGCUCUUAGUAAAGUACGGUCUUGAACCGGUCAGCUUCAAAAUCGAGGCUUAUGGUCUGGACAUGCUCGUGAGCAAUGUUGAGGAUGACAUUGAAGAUGCUCGGAUAUUUUAUGAGAAGUUUGCCACGCAUGUCAACGAGGAGCGCCGACUGAGGAGCCGAGUCCGCCAUUGUAUCCACAAGACCGAACGCGCACUCGAGACGUUCAAGGAAUUCCUCAAUAAACAUAACGACAAACAAGCCCUGUCUAUACUGCUCGAGGACGGUGCCAAAAUUAAGAAACUUGUGGUACCCCUACAGGCCAGCCAAUCACAAUUGGCCCGCAGGAUCGAUUGGAUGAGGGCUGCCUUGGCCGAUCUGGAAAAGGGCUUCGACCCCUCGAAGGAGAAAGGGGGCCUUGCCUAG